CGUAUACUCUAAUUGGAGCAUAUUUUAGAGUUGGUUCUGCAAUUGAGAGGGGGGUCAAUCAGUUAUAAAGAUGAGGUAUCCAGCGGUUUCUCGGGUGAUGCUGCCUAGGUGAAGUAAAGUUAUCAUCUCUUGCAAUAGUCUGUAUGUUUUGAGAGAAUUAGUCUGUGAGAACUCAGCAUGACGACCUCAAACACCUCGACGGCUAACAAGUCGCCUCGGAUGCGGGUCCGCGAGCUUCUUCCCGACCUUCAUCUCGGAGAUUGGGCGCCCGGCACACUUAAUUCGAUAACCGAUGUUCCCGGUGUUCUAGUAAACACCCAGGAAAUCCUAGCUGACAACGGUAACGUAAAUACCGGGGUUACGAGCAUUCUGCCACGAAAAGAUUGGUUUCACGAUGCCUGCUACGCCGGGCUUUUCAGCUUCAAUGGAUCUGGCGAGAUGACUGGCAGUCACUGGAUCAACGAGACCGGAUUGUUGCAUUCGCCCAUCAUUAUAACCAACUCUUUUGCCGUCGGUGCAGCGUAUCAAGGCAUAUACGAAUACGCAAUCAAAUCCCAGGGAACGAAUAAGGGCCAGGUGGACUGGUUUCUCUUGCCCAUUGUUGCCGAGACAUUCGACGGUUACCUAAAUGAUCUUACACAAUUUCCGAUCACACCUGCGCACAUCGUGAAGGGGUUGGAAAAUGUAUCAAGCGACCGGGUGCGGGAAGGCUGCGUUGGUGGUGGUACGGGCAUGAUAUGCCACUAUUUUAAGGGCGGUACCGGUAGCAGUAGCCGAGUGGUUCCAGGAUUAAACACAAAGGGAGAGCCAAAAAAUUACACCGUUGGCGCUUUGGUUCAAGCGAAUUACGGCAAGAAGCCUCACUUUAGAAUCUCAGGCGUUCCUGUUGGCAGGAUUCUGGACCAGGAAGAGGCCAAAGCGGCAGAGCAAGACGCCGAGAAGAAGGCGGCCCGGGAGGAUGUUGAAAGGGAGAAAGAACGCAAAGAUGGAAGUAUAAUCGUGAUUCUGGCUACAGACGCACCCCUACACCCAACCCAGCUCCAGCGUCUAGCCAAGAGAGCAACUGUUGGACUUGCGAGGGUGGGCGGUAGAGGGCAUAACCCUAGCGGCGACAUCUUCCUCGCAUUCUCGACUGGGAAUCGUAUCCCGGUACAGACGAUCUCCAUGGACAGACGUGAGGUGGAUCCAUGGAAGCCAACACCAUUCGCGGCAGAAGUGGUGGACGAUUCAUCAAUCAAUGGACUUUUUGAAGCAGCAGCAGAGGCCACGGAGGAGGCAAUCUACAACGCUGUUUGCAUGGCAGAGACAAUGGUCGGCAACUUGGGUCACAAGAUUGAGGCGCUGCCACUGGACAGGGUGAAAGAGAUCAUGGAAAAAUACAAAAUCUGAUGGUUGAGAUCGAUUCACUCUCAUAGAGGAGCAUUUCAUAUACCUAUUCAAUCCAACAUAUUGCUAAGGCAAUCAUCUACAGUCGUAGGCAGAUAAGAAACCUAACCCCUACUACCUAAGUAGGCACUAUAAGGUACCCACAUCCCUUAUGUACCUAGCCUUGGACUCGAUGGUGCUCAAAGUCGACGCUAAAUUAAUAGGAGAGAACCUUAAGCACCCUCGGCACCCUGUAACAGACUUCCCAGGGGCUUGUCA